CCAAGAAAAGGCAACAGAAAAACAGAGCAUCUUGAAAGAAAGAAGAGAGAGAGAAAUGGAGGUGGUGAGAGGUGGAAUGAUGGCGGCGGUGGCAGUUCUGGCCUGCGCCAUGGCGGUGAUGAUGUCAGAGGUGGAAGCUACUAAGUUUACUGUAGGAGGAAACAUGGGUUGGGGCACCAAUGUGAACUAUACCAUCUGGGCUCAGGAUAAGCACUUCUACAAUGGAGACUGGCUCUUUUUCGUCUAUGACAGAAACCAGAUGAAUGUCCUGGAGGUGAACAAGACGGACUAUGAGUCAUGCAACACUGAUCAUCCACUUAAAAAUUGGACAAGGGGAGCUGGAAGGGAUGUGGUUCCACUGAACGUGACUCGCCAUUACUAUAUUGUUAGUGGCAAAGGUUUCUGCUACAGUGGCAUGAAACUAGCUGUCCGUGUUGAGAACUCACCUCCCCCUCCCACAGCCUCCCCAAUCACGAGUGCCUCUCCAAAUUCCAUUUACAGAGGCCAGAUCGUCUUACCUGCUGUUUUUGCCAUUGGUGCCCUGUGGGACGCAUUUAUCCGAUUCUGGUAGUAAAAACAUCAUCAACACUUCAUUUUUACUGGGAUUUCAUAGACAUUGUUUAAUUCCUUCACCAGUUGUUUCUUUAUAUUAGGCGCAAGCUUUGAUUGUUUUCUUGCUCGUGAUGGUUGAAUUGACUAGAAACUUAGGGGGUGAUACAAUCUUUUUAGGUAGUGAAAUUGAGUGGUGUUUAAAUUUUGAGAUGUGUUAGGGAAAACCCUUCUGUGUCUAUUGCAGAAUUCAAAU